GCCAUUUUAAGCCUCUGUGUCGUGUUGUGAGGAGGGUGAGAUUGCAGAGGUGUUCUGCCUGGUGGGGGAAGCCACGGGGGACAGAAUAACGCGGGGAUUCGUGUUCACGGUGCCUUGUUACUGAGCUACAGAACCGUAUGUCACCUUACUCCUGAAGCGGGGCGCGCUAUACGGAGAACGGGAGUUGGUGGAGGAGGAGGCGGCCAACACCGGGCGACAUUUGUUUUAGCAACUGAAAUCUGGCCUGAAGGACUGAUCGACUUCAACACAGCAGUCUCCCCUUGGACUGAAACAUGGCAACUCAAGCUGACCUAAUGGAGCUAGACAUGGCAAUGGAGCCAGAUCGGAAAGCAGCAGUCAGUCACUGGCAACAGCAGUCAUAUCUGGAUUCUGGAAUUCAUUCUGGAGCCACUACAACUGCCCCAUCUCUUAGUGGAAAAGGAAAUCCAGAUGAGGAAGAUGUGGAUACAUCUCAAGUACUAUAUGAAUGGGAACAGGGCUUUUCUCAGCCUUUCACUCAAGAUCAAGUGGCUGAUAUUGACGGGCAGUUUGCAAUGACCAGAGCCCAGAGGGUGAGAGCUGCCAUGUUUCCUGAAACACUAGAUGAAGGCAUGCAAAUUCCCUCUACACAGUUUGACUCUGCUCAUCCUACAAAUGUGCAGCGCCUGGCUGAACCUUCACAGAUGCUGAAACAUGCUGUAGUCAACUUGAUAAACUACCAAGAUGAUGCUGAAUUGGCUACUCGUGCCAUUCCAGAAUUGACAAAACUGCUUAAUGAUGAGGACCAGGUUGUGGUUAACAAAGCUGCAGUUAUGGUUCAUCAGCUGUCAAAGAAGGAAGCAUCCCGCCAUGCUAUUAUGCGUUCUCCACAGAUGGUUUCUGCAAUUGUUCGUACCAUGCAAAACACAAAUGAUGUUGAAACAGCGAGGUGUACUGCUGGUACUCUUCACAACCUUUCUCACCAUCGUGAAGGUUUGCUGGCAAUCUUCAAAUCUGGAGGCAUUCCGGCUUUGGUCAAAAUGCUAGGGUCACCUGUGGACUCUGUGCUCUUCUACGCAAUCACAACACUGCACAAUCUUCUCUUGCAUCAAGAAGGGGCAAAAAUGGCGGUUCGUUUAGCUGGAGGAUUGCAGAAAAUGGUUGCUCUGCUGAAUAAGACAAAUGUAAAGUUCUUAGCCAUCACUACAGAUUGUCUGCAAAUAUUGGCUUAUGGGAACCAAGAGAGCAAGUUAAUAAUUCUUGCAAGUGGGGGUCCUCAAGCAUUGGUCACAAUAAUGAGGACUUACAGUUACGAGAAACUUCUGUGGACCACAAGUCGUGUGCUAAAGGUGUUGUCUGUCUGCUCCAGUAAUAAACCUGCUAUAGUUGAAGCUGGUGGCAUGCAAGCUUUGGGAUUACACCUCACUGACCCAAGCCAGCGCCUGGUACAGAAUUGUCUUUGGACUUUAAGAAAUCUUUCAGAUGCAGCAACUAAACAGGAGGGAAUGGAAGGUCUUCUAGGAACUCUUGUUCAGCUGCUUGGAUCAGAUGAUAUUAAUGUUGUAACUUGUGCGGCUGGUAUUCUGUCUAAUCUCACGUGCAACAACUACAAGAAUAAGAUGAUGGUCUGUCAAGUUGGGGGCAUUGAGGCAUUAGUGCGCACUGUUCUACGUGCUGGUGAUAGAGAGGAUAUCACAGAACCUGCUAUAUGUGCACUUCGUCACCUUACCAGCAGACAUCAGGAAGCAGAGAUGGCUCAAAAUGCAGUACGACUCCACUAUGGACUACCAGUAGUGGUGAAGUUAUUGCACCCACCUUCUCAUUGGCCACUUAUUAAGGCAACUGUUGGCUUGAUUCGUAACCUUGCAUUGUGCCCAGCUAACCAUGCACCAUUGCGUGAACAAGGUGCUAUUCCAAGGCUGGUUCAGCUUCUGGUCCGUGCACACCAGGACACGCAGCGUCGCACAUCAAUGGGGGGAACACAGCAGCAGUUUGUGGAAGGUGUACGUAUGGAAGAAAUUGUUGAGGGGUGCACCGGUGCUCUUCACAUUCUUGCUCGUGAUGUACACAACAGAAUUGUUAUCAGGGGGCUAAAUACCAUUCCACUUUUUGUACAGCUGUUAUACUCUCCCAUUGAAAAUAUCCAAAGGGUAGCAGCUGGUGUGCUCUGUGAACUGGCACAAGACAAGGAAGCUGCUGAAGCCAUUGAGGCUGAAGGUGCUACUGCCCCAUUGACAGAACUGCUUCACUCAAGGAAUGAAGGAGUUGCAACAUACGCAGCAGCUGUACUAUUCCGUAUGUCUGAAGACAAGCCUCAGGACUACAAGAAGCGUCUGUCAGUGGAACUUACAAGCUCUCUGUUCAGAACUGAACCAAUGCCUUGGAAUGAGGCUGGAGAUCUAGGUGUUGACAUAUGUGCACAGGGAGAACCACUUGGAUACAGACAGGAUGAUCCUAGCUACCGAUCUUUCCAUGCUGGGGGAUAUGGGCAAGAUGCAAUGGGAAUGGACCCAAUGAUGGACCAUGAGAUGGGAGGACAUCAUCCUGGUGCAGAAUAUCCAGUUGAUGGCUUGCCAGAUUUGGGCCAUGCUCAGGAUCUUAUGGAUGGCCUGCCUCCAGGUGACAGCAAUCAGUUGGCCUGGUUUGACACUGACCUGUAAAUAUAUCUAUUUUCAUUAUUGUCAGAAUGAAUUUGCAUUGAUUGGCCUGUAGAGUUGGAGAGGGCUCGAGGGGUGGACUGGUUAUCUCAGAAAGUGCCUGACACACUAACCAAGCUGAGUUUCCUAUGGGAACAAUGGAAGCUAACUUUAUGUUCUGUUUUUUUUUCUUUUUUUUCUUUUUUUUUUUUUUCUUUGGUUGGAGGAACAAUACCAAUGGAUUUUGGAAGUGACUCAUACAUCAAGAAUGCACAAGAAUUGUUCGCAAGCUGGAACUUCUCACACUAGCCUUGCUUGUUUAAAUAACUUUUUUUAAUUUUUUUUAUCUCUGUAAUGGUACUGACCUAGCUUGCUUUUUCUUAGUAUUUAGAUUUAUUUUCCUUUCUGCGGUAACAUUUUAAGUCUCUGUAGUGUUCAGUUAGUGCAUAUUGCUAAAGCGGUUUCUAAUUUUUAAAGGAUCAAGUGUAGAACACUAACUCAUAAUCACUCUAAUUGUAUCCUGAAUAAAGUGGAACAUUGUGUAGCCUUUUUUGUAUAAAACAUAGACAAAUAGAAAUGGUCCAAAUAGUUUACUUUUAAUAUGCUUAAAAUAAGCAGGUGGAUCGAUUUUUGAUCAAAGCUUUUAUCUGGGAUAUGUCUGGGUAGGGGCCAGUAAGAACUUAUUUGGAACCUGUAAUGGACAGUUUACCAGUUGCCUUUUAUCCCAAAGUUAUGUACUCUGAGGCCACAGAUGCUUAACACAGAUCAUGAAAUGGCUCAGAAGAAUUAAAGUGGACUUUUAAUGCA